AUGACAACACAAUACGCUUACGACGUGCCACUUUUGCGUGGAUUUCUGACAAGACAGGAAACAAGCGGGACAAAAGGGUGGAACAAAAAGUGGUUCCAGAACAGCUAUGCCACGCCCACUGUACUCGACUGUUAUUCCAAUGAAAAAGCGACAAAGCCUUCUUCUUCCAUUGACUUCAAAGAAGUCACUGAUCUUAAGGUAGUUCGUACAAAGUCGGAAGAUUCCGAUAAAAAGCGAUAUGGGUUCCAAUUCAAGUAUGGCAAACACACCCAAAAGCUUCUAGCUGAAGGUGAAGAGGAAGGGCAAUAUUGGAGAGAGGGUUUCUCUGCUCUUAUCAAAUUAGCGCAAGGCAAAGCUCCCGAGAAAAAAGUAAAAGCAAAAGCCAAGGACAAUAAAACUGAUGAAGAUGGGUUAUAUGAGGGAGAGUACUUUGUGCAAUCCGUUAUUGACUUCCGUAGCAGUGAUCCUGGCGUGUUAAGCUUUAGAAAAUCCGAGUACAUGAUUCUCCUUGGAACAAGUUCGAGUGGAUGGUCACCUGUUGAAUUUGGUGGAAAGCGUGGGUGGGUACCAACAGAGUUCAUCGCUCGUGUCGACCAAACCAAAAAUGUUAAUUGA